AUGGCGGCGGCGGAGGCGGUGGCGGUGGCGCUGGCGGGCGCGGUGCGGCGCGCGCUGGGGCCGCGGGGCGGGCGCGCACUGCGGGCGCGGCGCGGGGGCGGCGCCGUAGGGCUGACGCGGGACGGGCGCGCGCUGCUGGAGGCGCUCGGGGCGGGGCCGCCCGUGGGCAGGUUGAUGGCAGCCUGCGCCUGCAGCCACCGUGCCGCGACAGGGGAUGGUGCCAAGACGUUCGUGGUGCUGCUGGAUGCUGUGCUCGCAGGGCUGCAGGCAGCAGGGAACGGCAACAUGCGGCGGGCACUGCAGGUGUUUGAGGCGCGGGUGCUGGAGCAUGCGGUGGCACAGGGACUACGCAGACAUGUGAUGGUGGUGCAGUGGGAACGUGCCUUGGAGGCGCUGCUGGAGCCCUACCUUUGCGGGCGGGUGGGUCCUGGAGAGCAGCGGGAACUGGCACGGCUCUGUGGGGAGCUCUGCCGCUGCUGUGCCCUAGACCCCGCCGGCAACGGCCCCACUGCACUGCACCUGCUCGGCCGCCACUUUGCGCAGCUGCACCUCACCGUGGCUGGGCUCCCUGUGUCCCGCUCUAGGGUCCUGCCUGGCAUCAUCCUCCACAGGGACUUCGCCGCUUACUGCCCUGCUCGCGGGGACCUGUGUGCCCUGCUUGUCACCCAGCCCCUCCGGGCUGCCCUUGCGGGCCCUGGUGUUGAGUUCAUGGUUGGCUCUGAGGUGCAGUAUGGGGCCUCGCUGCACUGGGUCUCCAGGAGGACAGAAGCUGUGGUGAAACAUUUGCAGAGCAAUAACGUUAAGCUGUUGUUGUCAAGCGUAAAGCAAGAGGAAGACAUUAUCUACUUCGCAAAGCUGUAUGGUAUGUCAGUGGUAGAGUGCUUAUCAGAAGAAGAAGUGGCCCUCAUCUGUGAAAUCACAGGAGUCUCACCUUACACACCUUUUGGUGAUAACUUACACAGGGAAAUCACCGAAACCGCAGUGGCAACGUUUUGCCAGCCCUUGCUGCUUGGCUCGAAGAGAUAUGUUCACGUGGGCUUCACCAGCGUGUGUGCCUUUCAGCCUCAUUGCCUAAUUCUUUGUGGGCCCGUUGAUGCUGUUAACGAGCAGCACGCUGCUGCUUUCCAAGGGGCAUUUACAAUGCUGCAGCAGGUCUUUAAAAGUGUUGAUCAGAGGGAAGAACGCAAAGCAGAAGGCAAAAGCCAGAAUGAAGCCACAGGUGUUUGCAGCUGGUGUUCUUCACCUGUUCCGAAGCCACUCCUAACAAAAAAUAUUUCUUGUAACAGUAAUCAUGUUUCUGAAGGACAACUGAAAACACAUAGCGAUGAAACAGAGGCACAUAUUGUAAACCCUGACUUGCAGGGGAGUGAAAAUCCAGCAUGUAUACAAACAAAUUUGCAGAUACCUUCAAAUCUCAUCUCGCACAUCAAAGAACUCAGUGUUGCCACUGAAGGAGAUGGCUUUUCAAGAGAUGUGCAGAAACCGGAUGCAAAAUGCGAGCAUCCGGGUGACGUGCAUGAGAGCUACAAAAGUGAUUUACUUGUGGGCAAUCAAAGGAAUUACACCACUGCUGUAUCAGCAGCACAUAACGAUGAUACAGUCACUGUGUGUGGACACCUAGAUGUUGGCAAAGAUCCAGAGAAAACAAGUUGCAAUAUAGUUCCAUUUAAGCAGGGAGAGAGUUGUGUAAGCACUGCACAGAAUUGUUCCAGCUGCCUCAUAGAAGCAGGAUCAGUUUUGCCAGUGGGUGGUUACUUUGAAGUCCUAUUACAUUAUUAUAUUCAGUACUAUACAAAGCAGUUUCAGCAGUCUGAGGUAACUGUUGUAUCUAAUGUAGUUGCUGAUGCUUUGCUAAGUAUUCCCAAGUCCUUAUACGGGACAACAAAACGAAACGGCUUUACCGAAUUCUAUCUCAAAGUUGUAAAUGCACUCAGGAAAAAUCAGCCACUACCUGUGUACGAGGAAGGCUUAGAAUCAGUGUAUUGCAAAUACCAGUUAGUCGUUUCGGUUCUUCACUGUGUUACAGAGAUUCUCUCCAUAGAUUUAAUAAUUGGAGUUAAGAGGCCACUGCAAAAAAUUGAGGAUGAUGACUCAGAGGAUGAUUUCUGAAAUAAUUAAUAAAGAAUGGUUUUGAUUGAAUGUUUUUCGUUAUAUGUUUUCACGUGUCCUCUUGUCAAAUGGUCAUGUUUCAAAAUUCAGUGCUAAACACUAAAGACUCCGUAGAUUGAGAGAACUAAUGUCCUUCUGUCCUCUUGGAAGAAAAGGAAGAAAAAGCCUGGCCGGUUGAGAUUUGUGGAAAACUGGAUUGUAAACUUUCUUGAAGUUUCAAACAUGAGAAAGUGUGGCUGCUUUCCACUGCAGAAGAUCUGCAAUGCCUUUUUCAUCUACGUGCAGAGGAUCCUGUCUGUGUAUGUUCUCACCAAAGGUGAACUUUGUCUCUUUUGGAGGUUUGAGUAUUUAUGCAAGUUAGAUGCGAUCAGUUUUCCUGCCACGUUAAAAGUUGCCAGUAUGACAUGAGCCACUGAACUUGAAAGUUAUAAGCAAGGGGUUCUUUUAGCCUUCAUAAUAGACUGGAUUGAAUGUUAUUUUAAGUAAUUUUGUAUGUGUGGUGGGUUUGAAUGUAAUGGGAAGGCUAUAACUGUCGUUAGCACUGAACACAGCGCUGGGGUAUCUCAGCCACUGCUGUACAUCCCAGUGAAGAACUUUCUCAUCUGAUAUGAGAUACAGCAUUUUUAUCUUCCAAUGAGUUCUGUUCAGUCAAACUAGUAGAAUUAAGAAUAAUUUCAUAUUGUGACUGGCUGGCAUUUGCCCUGGCAAAUUAGUUUAUGAGACAUUGUUUACAAUUGUUACAAUUAACAGUACAGCUGUUAAUUUUAACCAUCCUGGGCUGGGCUGUGGUGCUACUAUGAAAGGCUGUGUAAUCAUGGGAAAAGUUUACACAGGCCAUAAUGUAGAUUCGUACGAAAAAAAUCUGAGACAACGUUUCAGUUUAGACUUCAAUAAAUUUGCAUUCUGAGGUUUUUGUUUUUUAUUCCCCCUGGGAUUUGUUUUACACUCAGUAUCACCCAGAUGUCACUAUCCUUCCCUAUUUGCUAUGUCUUAAAAACCUCUGGUUUGGAGGGGGCAGUUUGAGUACCUGAGCAGCCGCAGCUGAUAACGGUAUCACACCGGUUCUCUAUGUGCCUUUGCCAAGAUAAGAAUAACUGGAUUUUUGUUUUGUUUAAUCUGCCAUUAAAUAAAAUUUAGUGAGGAUAUUUAAAAUCAUAGACACUAAUCAUGUUUAUCCACUAUACCCAAGAUUAUUACAACUGGAAAUCAGUUUUUUCCCCAUUAAUUUAUGCUGUGGCUUCGCUUUUCCAGUUUCUUCUGAAGAGUCUCUCUACUAAAGUUGUUUCAGGUGUUUUAUUUGACCACAAAUUUCUGCUGAAAGUUUAGAUACUCACUUGAUAAUAUAAAAAAAAAAAAAAAAAAGUGUUUUUUUUUUUUCCUGACUCUUGGAGACAUCUGCAUAUGGAAAACAGAAACUCAGUGUUCGUGGGAGUGAUUUCUUUAGUGAAGUACUGGGGACAAUAUUUUUUUCUCUUUGUAGAAUCACUGGUGGUUGUGAAGCGUGGGAGAGACUUAAACACAGAGGAGAGGAAAGAAAAUCACGUUCCUGCUGUUUCAACACACUUUUGGUAGCUACUUAAUGUGACAGUCCAGUAUGAGCGAAGAGGAAUCUCUGUUGUGGAAGAGCUGGUGUUUUGGAGCUGCAUGUCCUGCUUGACUGGAUGACCCUGAGGCUGCUCCGGAGUUAACACCAGCCCUGGUGCUUCAGCAGGCACUUGGGUUCUCUGCUUUAACUUUGUAAUGAGCUGCUGUGAGAGUUUUGCUCUUGCAAGAGUUUUCUGCAUACAGUCUUCAAACUGCUGACCAACUUGCCGGCUAGAGAUUAAUGAUUUCUUUCGUGGUACUCUUUUAACAACUAUGGCAUGGAGUGCGUGAAGCCUGGCAGCGGUGGGGGCUGUCUGCAGAAGCUGCUUUUGCAUUCUGAAGCUAGGUGUUCUCUAAAUACAGGUAAAAUAAAGAGAAUACUGUACCAUUUCACAUUAUUUUAUAUCAUUUGCACAUCUGUACACUUUCAGAUUUACUGCAGUUCCUUGGAAAAGGGUAAAACAAAAAUAUUUUGUUCUGUGAACAGCCUUGAGCUUUUUCAUUUAAAUUAUGUCAUUCUUAUCACUAAGAAGGGGCAGCUUAGAAGAAUAUGUUUACGCCGUCAAAACCACAGAGAGCAGUAUGUUUGGGCAUGCACUAAGGCAAAAAGCCGAUGAGUCUUUCUUCUUGCAUUGUUUCCCAGACAUUAUUUCUAUUUCGUGCUAUUAUUCUAUUAUUUUUAUGUUUCUAAAUAUGGAUGAGCCUCCACACAAAGUGAAAGUCAGGUGCAUGUGGGCACGUGUGGGUACUCGGGUCCAAGCUCAAAAUACAAUAUAAAGUACAGGUGAUAGUAGCCUAAAAUUGAAAUAUUUAUUUCAGAAAAAUCUUGAUGUUUAACUCUCCUUCCUGCAGCCCCUAACAAACCUAUAUUCUACCUCACAUGAAAGUCAGCAGAAUAUUUGAAAGGCACUCACCCCAGCCACAAGGACUGUAGGUGUAUUUUAAGCAAGGUAAUCCCAUUUAUCAGGCAGAAAAUUCCCAUAUACAGGCAAGUUGGAUUUUUUUGUUUUGUUUUGUUUUUAAAAAGAAAAACAGGUUUUAAGGCGCAUUUAUAUAGAUACAGAGAGAGACCAGUUUGGAACUGAGCCCCGCACAGACCUCUUGAGAAUGGGAAUUAUCUGUUUCCAUGACAAGGACACACCAUUUUUAUUUGUUGAUUUGGCUGGAGGUCAAAUCUCAACAGGCUUUUACAGGUGCUGGGGCUGCACCGAGGCAGCAUCCGUUCCCGAGCUCUCCCCCAGCUGAUUUUCCCCAUUGCCUGACCCUGGCAGCUCAUUGCUCAGCAUUUUCCUUGGGCCCUGCUCAUUGGUCUCUUGCAACACCAGCUCCCAGUUUACCAAAUGAGUAUUGCUUAAUUUUAGUGGAAGUUAUGCCAGCUAAAUGUGGCCUUAUAUUUUCAUCCAUGCUUCGUUGAUUACUGACCUUUAGCCUUUUUGGCAGCUGUACAGAGAGUAUAGCUGAUAGGAACCAGUCACAACAAAGAAUAUUCUGUUAUGUCACAAAUCACACAGAACUGAAUCACAUUUGCAAAAGAAUCGUAGAAUCAUGGAAUGGUUUGGGUUGGAAGGAACCGUAAGGAUCAUCCAGUUCCAACCUGUCUGCCACGGGCAGGGACACCUUCCAUUAAAUCAGGUUGCUCGAAGCCCCAUCCAGCCUGGCCUUGAACAUCGCCGGGGAUGGGACUUCCACAGCUUCUCUGAGCAACCUGUUCCGGUGCCUCACUGCCCUUACAGUAAUUUUUUUUCCUAAUAUCUAAUCUCAAUCUCCCCUCUUUCAGCUGAAAUUCAUUCUGAUCCUGUCCCUGUAUUUCCUGAUAAAGACCCCCUCCCCAGCUUUCUGUAGGCCCCCUUUAAGUACUGGAGGGCUCCUAUAAAGUCUCCCCAGAGCCUUCUCUUUUCUAGGUUGAAUAAGCCCAACUGUCUCAGCCUGUCCUCAUGUGAGAGGUGCUCCAGCCUUCUGAUCAUAUUUGUGGACCUCCUCUGGACUUGCUCCAACAGGUCCAUGUCCUUCCUGUGCUGAGGACUCCAGAACUGAACACAGUACUCCAGGUGAUGUCUCACAAGAGUGGAGCAGAUGGAAGAAUCACCUCCUUUAGCCUGCUGGUCACGCUUCUUUUGAUGCAGCCCAGGAUAUGAUUGGCUUUCUGGGCUGCGAGCGCACAUUGUCAGCUCACUCUGAGUUUCUCACCCAUCUGCACACCCAAGUCCUUCUCUUCAGGCUGCUCUUAAUGCAUUCUUCACCUGACCUGUAUUUGUGCUUGGGAUUGCCCCAACCCAGGAGCAGGAUCUGCACUUGGCCUUGUUGAACUUCAUGAGGUUAGCACAGGCCCACCUCUUAAGCCUGCCAAGGCCCCCUCUGGGUGGCAUCCCUUCCCUCCAUCUUGCCAACAACAAUACACAGCACAGUGUUGUUGGCAAACUUACUGAGGGUCCCCCAGUGCACAUUUCCGACAAAGAUGUCACACAUUACCAUUCCCAGUACCGAUCCCUGUGGAACACUACUCGUCACCAGUCUUCACUUGGACACUGAGCUGUUGAUCCACUGAGUGAUCCACCUGUCAAAUCGAUGCUUCUCCAAUUUAAAGACAAGCAUAUUAUUCAGAACAGUGUUGAAUGCUUUGCACAAGUCCAGGUAGAUGACGUCAGUUACUCUAUCCACCAAUGCUGUAGCCCCAUCAUAGAGGGCCACCAAAUUGGUCAGACAUUAUUUGCCCUUAGUGAAGCAUGUUGGCUGUCAUGAAUCACCUUAUUUUCCAUGUGUCUCAGCAGACUAUCUACUCCAUGAUCUUGCCAGGCAGAGGUGAGACUGACUGGCCUGCAGUUCCCCAUGUUUUCCUUUUUUCCCUUUUUAAAAAUGGGAGUUAUAUUUCCCAUUUUCCAGUCAGUGGGAACUUAACUGGACUGCUACAACUUCUCAGAUAUGAUGGAUAGAGGCAUAGCUACUUCAUUCGCCAGUUUCCUCAAGACUUGUGGAUACAUCUCAUCAGGUUCUACGGGUUUGUGCACCUUUAUAUUUCUUUGAUGGUCUCACAUCUGAUCUUCUCUCACAGGGGGUAAUUCCCCAUUCUCCCAUUCCUUGCCUUUGCCUUCUGUAACUUGGGCAGUGUGGCUUGAGCCCUUGCCAGUGAAGACAGAGGCAAAAAAAGUCAUUUGAAUACCUCAGCCUUCUCCAUGUCCUGCCUAACCAGGUGUCCUGUUUCCUUCCAGAGGGGAAGGAGUAAGGUAAUGCAAUAUUUUGUUUAGGAGCAUAACUCUGGUAAUUUUAUAUCAUUUCUGCUAUUAUCUUAUUAACAGUCGUCUUCCGGAGUCCGAAGGUGGGUGAUUAUUCAUACCACGUGAGAAGAUUAAGGAAGAUUAAAUUCUUCACUUGCAUAUAUCUCCUGGACUUCACUAGAAUUACGUUCAUCUGAUCCUGUAUUUAAUUUGCUUUUUGUUAUGUAACAAAUCUGCUGUUAGAGGUAGAGACUUCCAUUUUUCACUACUAAAUUUAUUUCUAUGCUUGUUUAGGUUAAGCUGUCCCCUUGUGCCUCUUUUGGCGAGGUUCUUUUAGGUCUCAUGUGAAGAGAGAAACUAUUUCAAUGUUCAUUUGUGAAAAUCUCUUUGGUUUAAUUAUCUUGAAAUCUAAGAAACUUUUUCACUGUCACCAAUGAGACCAAAGAUUAAAUACUUGCUUUAUUUACUAUGCUAUUUUUCAUUUACUAUGCUUAUUACUACUAAGACUGAACAAAUCGAGAGAAUAAUGUCUAAAUUUAUAAACAGUAGCGUUGGAAAUGCGUUGGCUGUAAUUAACAUGAUUAUAAUUUUGCAGUAGUGUUUUGUGUAAGACAUCAUUUCUUAAUAAAACUAGAAAUAAAUGUUUGGAUUUAAGAUUACACAAAUUAUUUCCCUCUGAGGAUAUUAAACUGAUAAUUACUUCCAGGAACAAGGGUUUUAAUUUUACCACCCAAAACCUGAAAAUAACAAUAGCAAGCAAAUGUAAUUGUUUUACUAUAUAGUAGCUCUGUCUUUAGUAUAUGAUCCAGUAGAAGACUAGACUUUGAAAGUGAUGCUUACUCCUGUGACAGAACGAGUAGUUUAUUCCCUUUCAAAACAGUCCUGGCAAAAAGAAUACAAAAUAGCUUUCCAUGGGAAAACCAUUCCUGAUGGUUUAGCAGGCAGUUUAUUUCUCAUUAAAUCACCGACAGAUAAAAGAACUGUUAGACUGAGGCUUUGAUUCAAUGUGGGAUUAAGGGCACAUCAGUGAUAUUGCUUCCUGUGUGGCUGCCUCCUAAGCCACCAACAGCAGAGCUCACUAUAAAAGAUAAUAUUUCCAUUUAAGGUAUUUUUAAAAAGGUAUUGUUUUACCGAAUAGAAUCCGUAACCUGUUCUUAUUUUGAGAUUCCCAGUAAAACAAUCCAGCAUGGUGAUCUUUCUCUUGAUAAUAAUCAUGACCUACUUUCAGUGGGUGUUUUCAUUUUCCAGGCAAAGCAUCUGAUUAAAUAUUACCUUAAAAUGUGAAUGCAGAGAGUGAACACAUGGCAAGGAUUUCUCUGUGUAUGUGAAGAAAAGGCAGCUCCAGAUGAGAGUUACGUCCAUUGAGAUUUUAACAUUAGACUUGAUAGAAGUCUGAUAUAUAUGAAGAUUAUAUUUAGGAUUUUGGAGCAAUGGAAGUAAUUGUAGAAACUGCUGGAUUAUAUUCAUAGGGCAAAUAAACAGCAUGGCAUCCAUUUCCUCAGACCAGAAAUACCUUGAGGCUCUUGAUUACUGAUGUAGUACUUAAAAAAAUCCAGAAUAAUUACACAGUGUUGAAAAAAAAUUAAUCAGUGUUGACUAUAUUGGAGAUGUUUAUCCAUAACUGUUUUUAAAGGUACUGGUCUUGGCAGUACAAUCCCAUGGACCAGUGUCCUGAUGCAGGGCUGCUUCUCCCAUUCCUGUCAGAACCAAGGGUAGCUGUGCCCUUCUGCUCGAGCAGGCAUCUGUUCCCUCACUUUUCAGCUUUCCUAGAAUGUGUGGCUUCAAGUAAUCUGUUGUUUCAGUGUGAUCGGUGUG